AUGCGUCAGGGGAAAGACCGAGCGCGUUCUACGACGCGCUUGCCCGCUGCUUUGCAAGCGGAGCUCGGUAUUGACACGAACUCUCAUGGUGGGGGGCAUAGUAAGCAUAAGAAGCCACAACGUACUACGAUCGGCGCACGAAAAGCUGCAAGGAAAGAACAGCGCCGCGCUAAGCAUGCCGCACGCGUUCCCACCAAGAAGCGCCCUGCACCUACAUCGACGCCAGUGCAUGCACAGACGACCUCUGCCCCUUCAAAGAGCAAAGCGGAGCCAGCACGUAAAAAGGCCCGGGUCACAGAGCCGCCUAUACCACCGGCUGAACAGCGAACAGUGAUGGAUCCGAUCACGGGGCAGAUGAAAACGACUACAGCUCCAGCGCACAAGCAAAAGGGGCCUACCAAGCUUGAGAAGCUCAUGCAGAAAACGGGUCAGACUACAGAGUCGACGUCCCCCGACAUCACCUCUCAGCGCUCGUUGAGUCGCGUCGAGCAGCAAGAAGAGGACGAGAUUGCGUGGUUGGAGCAUCAAUUGUAUGGCAAGAAAGGGCAAAAGCAGCACGAAGGUGAUGAUCUUGACUUUUUGCUCGAUGAUCUAGACCGAUUCCAUGCUGGCAUGUAUGACGAUGGUGCUAGUGAGGAGGGCGAGGGAUUGCCAGGCGAUCUGGAAGGCGAUGUCGAUCUUGAAGAAGAGGAAGACGAUGUCGAUCUCGAUGAAGAUGAAGAUGAUGAUCUCGAUGAAGAGGACAAGGACGAGGACGAGGAGGAAGAGGAAGAAGAGGACAAGGAGGACGAUAUCGAUCUUGAUGAAGACGAGGAAGGGGCGGAGGAGGAAAAAGACAUUGGCCCGCCUGCAUCUACCGCCAACGACGUAGCCACGCCUACGCCGGCUACUUCCAAGUAUGUGCCGCCAGCGUUGCGCAAAGCGGCUGAGAAGGCCAGCACAGCUGCAACGUCACUCGAGCAUCAGAAACUUCGCCGUCACAUCAAUGGCCAGCUGAAUAGGCUUGCGGAGGGCAACUUGGAUACCAUUGUUGGCGAGUUGGACGGCUUGUACCGCUCAUAUGCACGUGGCGACGUCACUUCUAUGAUCACACAGCUCGUGCUGGAUACCAUUGCUGCGCGGUCUAAUCUAAGUGAGACAAUUGUCGUGCUUUAUGCGGCGCUGCUGGCCGCCAUGCAUCGAAUUGUGGGUGUGGAGUUCGGGGCGUAUUUUCUGCAAGAGUGUCUUCAGCGUUUCCUUGCUUCCUAUGCGCCGCUGCUUGCUACGUCGGACGGCGAUGUCUCGGCGUGGAGUCGGGAGUGUGUGAAUCUGGUCAUGCUGUUAUGCCACACGUUCAACCUCAAACUUCUUUCGUCUGGUAUCCUGCUGGAUCUUGUGCGUCUGUUGCUAGGCGACAGUUUCACGGCGAUGAUUCCUGGGUGGACAGGGCCCAAACCCAUUGCGGAAAUUGAUAUCGAGCUGAUUUUGCGCAUGGCGCAGAGCAGUGGCCAGCAGCUUCGGCAUGCGGAUCCUGAAGCCUUGAAAGCCAUUGUGGAUUUGACGAAAAAGUGCCUCGAUGGCGCGCCUGCUUCUGCAGCGCAAGUCGCACAGUCCAGUCGUGCCCGAUUCAUGCUGGAAGCACUUGUUCAUCUACGUCAGAAAGGACGGCACUUGGCACGCGAUACCUCCUCGUCUGCAGAGAGUUUGCAGCGCAUGGCCAAGUACUUGUCGUCGAUGGAGAAGCGUCGUACCGUGCGAACGCAGGCCGCCUUGCAAGUGGGUCUGCAGGACCUGCAGGAUGCCGAAUCGCAUGGGCGUUGGUGGCUUGUUGGUGCGGCGUGGACAGGUCGCGAAGCGGCGCCGAGCCAUGACACCCCUGCGCCGGCCCCUGCUGUCGCCAGUGCUCUGCCAGAUGAUGUCAUCGGUACGACGCAGGUCGAUGUGUCGCAGCUUGCCAAGGCACAAGGUAUGAAUACAGACGCACGUCGUAUGAUAUUCUCGACGCUGCUCUCGAGUUUGGACUACAAGGAUGCAGCCCAGAAUCUCAUGCAGCUUAAGCUGAGCGAGGUUCAGCGUCGCGAAGUCAUUCGUGUGCUGAUCCACUGCUUAGCCCAGGAACGUACGUACAACCCAUACUAUGUGCUGGUCGGUCAGCACUUGGCGCAGGAUCAGCCGGGCAUGCGUGUCACGAUGCAGUUUGUGCUAUGGGACUACUUCCGUGACAUUGGCGAGAAGCGUGUGGGGGGCGAAAGUAUGCAGGGUGGCGAGGACGCCGAGGCUGACGACGAAGACGCCGAGGAUACGAGUGCGGCUGUUCUGAGCGACGUGCAUCGCAUGCGCAAGCUGAUCCAUGUAGCGCGUGCUUACGCCUACUGGUUUGCUCGCGGCGGUCUGUCUCUGAGCGCGCUCAAGACGGUCGACUUUACAAGCUUGCAUGCGGCUGGCACUGUGUUUUUGCAACAUGUGCUCUUGCAAGUGCUGCUUCUAUCGCAGACCAAGUCGCCAAUCCUUACGCCGCGCGUGCACACCGCCCUCGCCAAGCCGCCGACCAAGGCGCAGCGUGAGGGACUGGAGCAGCUGCUGGUCAAAGGCACUGUAGGGCAGCCACAUCUGGCCCAAGGCCUGCUUGUCUUUUUCAAAAUGCACUUGCAGCGCGAGGAUAUGGCGACCUUGCUGGGCGAUACGGAUCCUGCUGUGCUGAACCGCUUGUGUUGGGCGGCCGACGUGGCGCAUGAAACGCUGAGUGUAGGUGCUACGGCCGCGGAAGCAGAUGAGACUAUGUCGUAG